UACACAUCUGCUUAAACAUUGCAACAUUUACAGUUCGCAUAAUUUUUAUGCAACGUUUGUUGUAGAUAUCAACUCUUUGGUAGAUGAUUCUGUAUUAAUAUAGAAAAAAAAAGAAUUUUAAAGCUCACAGUAUAUCAAUUCGCCUCAGUUAUUACAGGAAAUGUAAUAUAAAUAUGACAGUUUGACAUGCUUUCAUAGUUUUCAUGUUUUCACAGAUGAUUUCAGUCACUGUUGGGAUCUUGCUGUGACUGAUGCAGUCUAGGAACAUCUUCAUUAACACACAAAGAAGCUCCUGCUUGUUGUUGGAGCUCAUCGGAUCUUCAUGUUGGCGUUCGGACAUCUAUUUGUAGGAGGCGUGGCUUUAAGAAAGUCUCCGUCAUGGAAUCAGCCAGUGCUGCUGCCAAUCAUCUUCUGGCCCCACCCACAUCCCCUUCUAGUUUGAGCAGGAUCUCACUGGCCAAUGAGAGCCAGGGUUUUGAGGAAGAGGGCGGGACUGUUGUCUCUUGUCCGUCAUUACCUGACCACGCCCCUAAUGGUGCCCUGCCCCUGGCUCCUCCCCUUCCUCCACCUCUGCCCAUUGGAAACCCUGCGGAGAGGAAGAGGAGGGUAAAAAGUUUCUACUGGAAACCGAUUCCUGAGGAUCGUGUGAAGCAUCAGGACGGGCCGAACCUGUGGAGCUUCGACCGGAGCAGCAGGGAUCCGCUCCACAUUGACAUCAGGGCCAUCGAGGAGCUGUUCGGACACGAGGACACGCCGCCAGCCUCCACGACCAGCACCACGACCAGCACCACGAUCAGCACCACGAUCGGACGAAGACGCGCUUCUGUGAAAGAUCUCAGACCACAGAUCACCAUCCUGGGCUCCAAGAGAAGCUUGAAUAUCUCAAUUUUUCUGAAACACUUCAAAAAGUCCACUGAGAGUCUUCUGGAUGAUAUUCUUCUUGGAAACACGGGCGUCUUCAGUGUGGAGUCUCUCAGAGAGCUACUGAAGCUCCUGCCGGAGGAGGACGAGGUGAAGAAUCUUCAGAUGUUCAGUGGGAACCCUAAAGACCUGGCUCCGCCUGAUGCCUUCAUACACCAGCUCAUCCGAUUACCCAGGUAUGAGGUCCGUCUCGAGGCUCUGCUGUUAAAGGAAGAGUUUUUCCCCUCAUACACCGUAAUGAAACAGGACAUGACCAUCAUCCUGAGCGCCAUUAAAGAGCUGUUGAGCUGUGAGGAGCUUCACAAUGUCCUUCAUUUAGUGCUGCAGGCUGGAAACAUCAUGAAUGCUGGUGGCUCUGCUGGUAACGCCGUGGGCUUCAAACUCUCCUCUCUGCUUUUACUGGCUGAUACUAAAGCCAACAAACCUGGAAUCAACCUGCUGCACUUUGUCGCUCUGGAAGCUCAGAAGAAAGAUCUGCUCAUGUUUCCGGAGAAACUUCAGCAUGUUCAGCAAGCAGCGCGAGUGUGUGUUGACAGCAUUCAUGAGGAGUUUGACGCUCUGACCAGAAGAGUUCAUCAGUUACAGCAGAACAUCCACACAGAUGAUGAGCUCCUGCUGCAGCUGCAGUCCUUCCUACAGAGCGCUGCUAGAGCUCUGGAGGAUUUGAGGAUCAGUAUUGAUGAGGUUCAGAGGGAAGGAGAUGCUCUGAUUGAUUUCUUCUGUGAGGACAGAGAUGUGUUCAAACUGGACGAGUGCUUACGAAUUUUCCAGAAUUUCUGCUCCAAAUUCAACAAAGCAGUUCAGGAGAACAUGGAGCGAGGAAUGUGGGAGGAGUCUAGGCGCAAGCGUCUGAAGGAGUCAGAAGACAAGCAGCACUCGUGGGCGGGGCUUGAGGGUGUGGGCGGAGUCUUCGGUUUGCAGUCCAAUAGUAAAGUAGAUGUGGUGGCGGCGUUAAAGAGGAAGGGGCUUAUGAAACAGCUUGAGACAAGCCCUGAAAGUUUGUAUUGCUCACCACAACAAAACAAUGUGACCCUUGACCCCUGUGGAACGGAAACACUCGUACUUCCUCCAAUACACUCGCUGUCCAUCACAAAUGUGACAGAGGAGAUUGAAAUUAAGUCUCUUUCCAUACAGGAAUCCCAGAACAACGACCUUCAAACACAAAGUCAGGAAACACUGGGAAAUAAAGAAGUAACUCCAAACAUGACCUUUCACCCUUCACAAAUAAGUUUAGUGGUAGAACCAGAGCUCAUUAAUGACAAAUCAGAGGGAAAACUAAAGAUAAUGUCUGGCCUACAACAGAGUCACUCCAAACAAGCGCUGGAGUGAAACAAACAAUCAGCAAACGAACCUUCAACCCUAAAAACAGAGCAUCUCUUUCUGUGAAAUCGCCUUCAUCUUCCACUAAAGCAACCUCAUCAUCAUCAUCAUCAUCUCCUAAAUGUGUGAGCUCCUCUGAAACCGCGAGUGUGAGGAAGCUCGUUCCUCUCCGGCAGCCCAGUAGUUCUGUGAGGAUUCAGGAGCGACCCGGUGGAAGCGUCCUCAACGUAGUAAAGAAGACGCCAGCGGUUCGACCGGAUGGGAAGAUGUGUCGUGCUACACUCCGAGCCCUCGACCGCCCCAGUCCUCAAACCUCUGCAUGCAAUUCAACGCUCAAACCACCAAGCUUCACUCGCAACACUGUGGCGUCAACAACACGACACAGCACCGCUCCUGGAAACCAGUCUAAACUUCCUCCACUGACCCACGCGGCUUCACUCAGGCUCUCUCAGGUCCUCAAGCCGAAGCAGACGCCUGCAGAAAGUGUUCGCCCAUCGCCCCCUGCUGGACGUCUGAGGAAGAGCAGCAGCGCCGCCUCUCAAAGCUCAGUGUUUACUCGUGGGUCAUGUGAUAAAAACGUCAAACCCACCUGGAGGUAGAGAGACAGUUAUGCUAGCACUGUCUCUCCUGCUCACCAAGGCCACAUUUAUUUGAUCAGAAAUGCAGUAAAAACAGUGAAAUAUUAUUAGAAUGUAAAACAGCUGUCUUCUGUGUGCAUAUAAGUUAAAGUGUAAUUUAUUUUUGUGAUGUGCAGCUGUAUUUUCAGCAUUAUUACUCCAGUCUUCCGUGUCACAUGAUCUUCAGAAAUCACUUGGUGAAAGUGUCUUGAACAUUUCAAUGAUAAAUAUUUUUUUCAAGAUACAUUCGUUUUUGACCAAUAAUCCAAAAACAUCAUGCAGGCAUAUUAGUCAGCUAAAAAUGCAAAAGUUAGCCUAUAUUCAGUGGUUCUCAAAUAUUUUCACAGAUCAGUAGUAGUCAGCUGUGCACUAUAUACCACUACGUGAUCAUUUACAUAUAAAUACAUGUUAGCAGUUCAUAUUUGUGAAGGAAUAUUUAUGGAAUUAAACAUGUAUUAAUAAUUUUUAUUGUAAAAAUUUAUAGUAAUCUUUUAGAUUUUUCUGAUAAACCUGUUAAUUCAGAAUUUUACAUGCAGAAACAUGGGUAAUGUGCUGUUUGAUUUAAUAUUUUAACAUUUAAUUUUUUUACAUAUAAAAAUAAAUACAAUAAUAACAGAACCAAAACAAUACAACAAAAUACAAAACAAAUUGAAUGUAUACAUGUCCAAAAAGAAGCAGGAAAAAGCUAAAUAUUAAAAUUAAGCUUAAUAUAUUAUGGCAGUAGUAUAAUGGAUAUUAAGUAUUAUUAAAGACCUCUGAGCCAUCUCCACCAAAAUAUAGAAAUCAUGAUUUUAGCUUAUUUAAUAUGCAGCAAUAAAUAUGUUUUUUCACAGUUUAAAUAUAUAUAUAUAUA